GCACAAUGUUCCUUUAUUCUGCUGCUGUCCAUUAUAAGGGCUCGUCCACCUCACUUCCUCUUCUGCCCAUUGAGCAGUCAAAGAGCUGAAAGUCCUUAUAAGCUUGUGCACCUGGGCCUGGGCCCUACAGAUAAGGUAGCUGCUAUUGCUAUGGCCCGCAUCAUCGACCUGGUGUCCUGGGACAAUGGCUCCACACAUGUGUAUGCCUCCCCGGCCAUCCUGCUUCCUGUGGAGCGGCAGCGCAACCAGCUGGCGGGAGUGAAGCAGCAGCUCUACCACCCAGCCCUGCCCACCCUGCGCCACAUGGACAGGGACACUGUCAAGGCCUGCCUUCCUGAUGAGCACUGCCAGUCCACCACCUACUGCCACAAAGAUGAAUUUGACAACGCCCAUUUUACACUCCUUGGGGUCCCCAGCAAACCCCUGCAGUGUUUGGACAUCACCGCGACAGGCCAGAAGCUCCGCAACAGGUACCACGAGGGAAAGCUGGCGCCCAUCGCGCCAGGCAUCAACCGAGUGGACUGGCCCUGCUUCACGCGCGCCAUCGAGGACUGGUCCCAUUUCGUGUCCUCGGCCGGGGAGUUCAAGCUGCCUUGCCUGAGCAAGCGAGUGGAGGGUCUCAGCGGCUACGCGGUGCGGUACUUGAAGCCGGACGUGACCCAGAGCUGGCGGCAGGAAGCCCUGUGUGGGGCGUGGGAAGGGCGUCCUUGCUCCCCCGACUCACCGCGCCCCUAUCCCUGCUGCCCGCCUCAGUACUGCCUCAACCAGAACCCCAGCCUGGACCGCUACGGACAGAAGCCCCUGCCUUUCGACUCCCUGAACACUUUCCGAAGCUUCGGCUCCAGCUACAGUCGUGUCAACUACCUGACCCCCUGGCAUUAAUCUCUGGAAAGGAGGCUGACUCCCAGGCUGCCGGAUGGUGCCACCUCAGGUCCCCUGGCCAGACCGAGGACUUAUGGUGGCACCAGCCACCUCCCCAGGAGUUCAGCCUAACUAGAAAUAAACCUAAUGCUCUCUGAGAGAGACAUGCAAUUGUCUCUGCCUGUGUGUGUUGCAGAGCCUGGGAGAGGGUCAGGGCCACAGGAUGACAGUAUCUUACCCUUGCCUGUCCCUGGCCAACUCCUGGAGGACUGGUGGGGGGUUGGAGAAAAAUGUUUGGUGACCUGGUUUGAGAGUCAGGGUGUGAGCCGCAAGGUCCAGCCAGAAUUGAGGUCCAAGAGCAAGAGAUGUGCUCCGGCCCCUUGCCUGCAGCCCCAUACCCAAGCCCCCUCCAUUUCAGAUCCUGAAUUUGAGCCCUAAGAAGAAAGGGAGGGGGCUAGAAAGCUAUUUUAGGUGCCUUUUUGAAGCUGUCAUACUGGUGUGCUCUGGGGGGCUUCCCUGUGCCUGGGGUCCCCCUGAAGGUGUGGGAGCAGGCUGGGGCAAGGGGAGCUGGCCAGGCCUAUGGCCCUGAUUCCUGUGACGCAACAGAAUGUAGAGUCUAAACUUGCAUGAGAUGCAUGAAGCCACUCAGAGAAGAAAGUUCCUGGCUCUCCAAAGCACCACCAAUAAACAUGUCAUCUAAGCAAAAAGUCCUCUGCUCUAUCCAUGAGGCUUCAGGACUAGCCCUUGUCUACCCACCAACCAACCAUUUCAAUCCGCUCCUGUGAAAGGAAGGUAUGAUGUCCCGGGGACAGUGUGGGGACUCCUGGCCCAGGUCUGGAAUAACGCCAUCCAGGGGGCUAGGGAAGAGCAUCUCCAGCAUGGUAAGGGGGUGUAUUAGUCUGUUUUCAUGCUGCUGAUAAAGACAUACCCAAGACUGGGAAGAGAAAGAGGUUUAAUGGACUCACAGUUCCACAUGGCUGGGGAGGCCUCAUAAUCAUGGUGGAAGGCGAAAGGCACUUCUUACAUGGUGGCAGCAAGACAGAAUGAGUGCCAAGCGAAAGGGUUUCCCUUAUAAAACCAUCAGAUCUCAUGAGACUUAUUCACUACCACAAGAACAGUAUGGGGGAAACCACCCCCGUGAUGCAAUUAUCUCCCACUGGCCCCUCCCACAACAUGAAGGAAUUAUGAGAGCUACAAUUCAAGAUGAGAUUUGGGUGGGGACACAGUCAAACCAUAUCAGGGGGUUAGGGCUGCUAGCAUCUGUGCUUAGCUCCAGGACCUUCCAGAUACCCUACUCCCAUCCCACCUGUGGGCAGCUGGCAAGCAUGGACUCAGAUCAGGAUAAAUAGCUACUAAGCUAAA